UGGUGGGCGUGGCGGGCCUGGGCCUCGGACAGGGCCUCGGCGACGUGGACGAGGUCGACGGCCCGGUCCGCGGCCACGACGGCCUGGUCCGCGGCCACGACGGCUUGGCGCGAAUCCACCGCGCCCCCGACGGCCGCUUCGUGCUGGGCGCCUCCAACGCCUCGAACCGCAGCAGCGUGAGCAGCUCGAGCGACGACGGCGGCUUCCUGUCGCGGGGCCGCGCCGUGCUGAGCGUGGCGGCGCUCGCGGGGCUGACGGGGCGCGCGUCGUGGCGGCGCCCGCUGGUGCGCUGCCCCUCGCAGCUCAGCAUGCGGUCCGACGGGUCGGGCGAGAGCGGCGCGCACCCCAGGCUCACCACCGCCAUCGUGCACCCCACGCACGCCCACCACCACUACGCCAACACCGUGGCCGCCAUCUACACGCCGCGCACGCCGCGCACGCCGCGCGUCGUGGCCAGCUCGCCCGCCGCCACCACCUCGCCCACGUCGCCCGCCCUGCCCUGGUCGCCCGCGCUCAACUUCAGCGACCUGAGCUCGGUGCGGACGCAGCGGACGCCCCCCAGCUACCAGCAGCUGCGCAGCGUGCACGAGCGCUACGCGCAGGAGCUGCCCUCGCUCACCGCCAUCCACGAGCAGCAGCAGCAGCUGUUGCUGCAGCAGAUACCGCGGCCCCGGCCCCGGCCGCAGCCCCGGCCGCAGCCCCGGCACGUGUUCCUGCCCAUCCCCGCCAUGUCGCCCAGGCUCAGGCCGCGGUCGCCGCCGCGCAUC